CCUUGCACCCGAGUUUAAACCCCCUACCCGUACAUUAGAAUAAUCCCAAUCCCCACCCAUCCCAAAUAAGAUGGGGAAGAAAAGAAAAGAAAACACUUGGGCUUUAUCUAAGCCUUGAUUGAGGACUUGAAUUAAGCCCAUCUGAAAUUCUUAUGCGUUGGGCCAAGCCUCUAGCCCUUGUACGAAAAUAGACCCAUUAGCUUUUUGGGGUGUCUUUGCCAUCGACACUUGGUCAGUUACAUUCAACUAUAACUGCCCUCUGUUUUUCCCUCCAGAUUAACAAACUCAACUCACAAAUCACAAAGAAUACCACUCUCUCUCUCUCUCUCUCUCUCUCUCUCUCUCUCUCUCUCUCUCUCUCUCUCUCUUUCUCUCUCUGUGUGAAGAAAGAAAGAAGCAGACUUGAAUCCAACACACCAAUGGCUUGUUGCACUCGUUGGCAUGCAGCAGUCUACUUCACCAUGGCUGUAAUCUUGGCCUUCAUAGCAAUCUCCAUGACACUGCGUUCAGAAGCCAACGAUGAAACUUCACAAACCAAACCCAUCAGCCAUAUCGUCUCACUCAACGCCUCAAGAACUCUGAGAAGAGCCGGCUUCAACAUCAUGGCCACUCUCCUCCAAGUCUCACCAGAACUCUUCUUUUCCUCUGCAAACGCAACCCUCUUUGCUGUCAAAGACUCUGCCAUCUCCAACGCCACUCUCCCUCCCCGCCUCUUGAAAAACCUCCUCCAAUACCACACCUCCCCUCUCCAGCUUUCAAUGGAAGACCUUCUGAGCAAGCCUCAAGGUGCUUGCUUGCCUACCCGUUAUCAGCAAAAGAGCAUUGCAAUCACCAAAGUUGAUGAGAAAGAAAGAUCGGUUGAGAUCAAUAAUGUGUUGGUUUCACACCCAAAUCUGUUUCUUGAAGGACCCAUUUCAAUUCAUGGUGUUCUUGGCCCAUUCUCUGCUUUGGAUCCUCGAGAUGUUUAUCAGGGUUGGGAUAUUAUUCAGUCACCUGCCUGUGACUCCAAUUCAAAUAUGAUUUCUGAUGUUCCUCCUGAUUUGAAGAACAUGGUUGAAUGGUCCCGGAUCAUCCGAUUGCUGAACUCAAAUGGGUUCGUUUCGUUUGCCAUUGGGCUGCACUCUGUUCUUGAUGGGAUUCUUGGAGAUCAUAAGGGUUUGAAGUCUCUGACAAUUUUUGUUCCACCAAGCUUGGAGCUUGAAGCAUAUCCUACUCCUUUGCUUGAGAAAAUUGUGAGGUUUCAUGUUCUGCCUCAGAAGUUUACAAACAGAGAGCUCGAAUCAUUGGCUCCGAGAACAUUGCUCAGGACCCUGCUUCAUGGUCAGCCUCUUGAAGUCACUGGGGCUGUGGAUUUCAUGAAAGGAUUGGUCAUUAGUGGAGUGAACAUUGUGGCCCCUGAUAUGUUUUCUUCCAGCAAGUUCAUUGUCCAUGGGAUUUCCCGAGCUUUGGAACUGGACGAUCUGCCUAAUACAGCAAGAUAAGGUGGUUUCAUUUCAACUGGUGCUGGGUAACAAUCUCAAUGCCUCUUCUCCCUCAGCCAAUGGA